AUGGCACGGUUCCAAGAACCUCUAGAUGGCCCAGCCGACGCGCACUACCAGGACGAGAAGCCCACCGGUCUACUCACACGCUUCGUUCCCGCCCGUCUUCGACACACAGCCUUCUACAGGAUCCUCCUUCGCCUCACCCGCAUCCUGCAAUUUAUCUCCUCCGUCAUCUCACUCGGUCUCUUCUCCCAGCGUCUCUACAAAGUUUACCGCCUAGUGAACUCUAUCAAGACCCGCCGCGGUGUCAACCACUCCUUCGGCGCCGUCGAAGGCAUUCUCGCCGCCGCAGUCCUGUACACGCUCAUCACCACCAUCCUGUCGCUGCUCAAGAAGUCCGCCAACCCUGGACCCAAGUGGCUGCGCUGGCUGUGGGUGCUCCUCGAUAUCGCGUUCGUGGGUGCGUUCAUCGCCGUCUCUGUCCUUACGCGACCGAACGGUGGGUCUGCGGGCCCUAGGCACUGCUACACGAACCGCAAUGUCAACGACGCUGCCAACAUUGCGCAGGGACAGACUACGAACACUCAGGAUAGCACUUGUGAUCUUCCUUGGGGCACUUUCAUCUUGGCUAUUGUCAGCACUCUGCUCCAUGCAAUUACUGCCGCUUUCCAUGAGGUUAAGGACCACCACCGCAAGAACAAGCUUGCUAAAGCCGAGGAGAAGGCUGCUCAGGAGCAGUACGCUACCGGCUCUGCCCCUGGCGUACGCGUCUAA